AUGUCAAGGAUUUGGUGCGUUUUAUUCCUCAGCAGCUGGCUGGUGUGGUCAGGAAGAGCUGAUGGCCCAGGAGCUGUCAUCAGGAUUGAUCUUGGAACGAUUGACCGCACGGUCUCCACUGCUCUGAAUGAGAGUGAUGUUCUGCAGAAAAUGGCAGAGGAAGCUGCAAAAAAAAAAAGCAACGCCAAACCCAUCAAAGGCAUCUUGGGGCUAUAAGUGAAAGAUCUCCGUCCGCCGGUGAUAUCGCUGGCACUCUCGCCGGGCUCAGGGAUCCUCGUGGCCAUCUUAGUCCAAAUGACCAUCACUGGGAAAAGCUUUAUAGGAGGAAACACGGGAAUCGCUCUGGCCGCAAACCUGACGGCCGGCAGCCGGCUGUGGCAGGGGGCUGCAGGCGUGCCCAGCAUGCUGCCCAAAGUCAUGAGCAAGUUUCUGCACAGCACCCUUCAGAAAAUGCUGCCAGGUCCGCUGUGUCCAGCUGUGGAUGCAGUGCUCAACCUUGUGAAUGCAAAACUCGCCACCAUGAUUUCUGAGAUCCCUCUUGGGACUGCUGGGACCCUCCGGUGCGCUUUGCUGAACCCCCCAAUGAUGAGCGAAACUUUCAUAGAGCUGGAUUUGGAGAGCAUUCUCCACCAAAAGGAGGGAAAGGAGGUUAACGUUCCCAUGGACCAACCACCUCUUACUUCUCUGACACCGAAGAGGGAUGCUGCUACCCAGCUUAUCCUGUCUUCAAACUUCUUGGGUGCUGAGCUCUCUAUUCUGCAGGCAUCCUUCAACCAGGACAUCAGCAAUAACAUGGUUCUUGGGCUUCCCCCGCUGGUGACCACGGUGCUUGGAGCCCUCAUCCCUGAGAUUUCCAGGGUGCUGCCUCCAUCACAGCCGGUGGUGAUUGAAAUGCGAGAAGUGAAAGCACCAGUGGUGACCAUAACCCCGGACAAAAGCUUUGUGCAGCUCUUCAGCACCGCCGAGUUUCGGGUUUCCCCUUCGACUGCUCCCCAGUCCCUCUUCGUCCUGCAUAUUCACAGCAACCUGGAGGUGCAGUUUGCCAUUGCAGAAGAAAAGCUGCGGCUCUCCCUCGCUCUGCGAAAUCUGUCUCGGGUGGCCUUGGCUUCCUCCUCCCUUGGGACGUUUGACGAGCUUCCACUGAAAAGAGUUUUGGCAGGUAUUAUUCACGUGGCUUAUGUGCCAUUGAUUGACAGGGUGCUGCACGGAGGGGUGCCCCUGCCCGACCUGCUGGGCAUCACCUACCGGUGGGCGAACAUCAGCGGGUUCAAGUGCAUCCCACCUCCAGUCUUCCUGGAGUGCUCUGAGGCAGAGGUGAUGGACCUGGAAAUAAUGCCAUGCCAGUUAGACUAG